UGUCCAGUUAUUUUUUGUGUGUUUAUUCCAAAUGUAUUGCAGACAGUAAAAACUGAGUUAUCCUAAAACGCCCAGCACUUAAAUUUUCUGACAGAAUAACAGUCCCUGCCAUGCAGUUUUUGGUUUAGAUCAUCAUACCCUGGUCUAGAUGUGAGGUGGUUUAGGCUUUACAGCCACUUGGGUGCUGCGCUGGGGCUAAGGAGCCUGCGGGCUCUGACCGCCAGGGGGCGGUGCUCCUGUGGCCCGGAGCGCUGCACCGCCCACUCGCCCCCGCCCCCCCCCAACGUGGGUCCGAAUGGUUAGGUCCGCUGGGCAGGUAGCGCGCUUCCGCGACUUCCCUCCACCCCCUUCCCUUCCCCCCAUUGGUAGGGGCUGCGGGUCCGGGCGGAAGUGGGGCAGGCGGGCGGGAGCGAGGCGUCGCCGUUGUAUAUUCAUGAGGCGCGCGCAGCUCGGCAUGCUAAUGAGGCGGGGCGCGGCGGCCGGCUGAAGAGCUGCUGGGCGGCGGCGGCGGCUGGCGUGGAGCGGCCAGGCGGGAGCGGUGUAGGCGCGGGGUCACUGACCGUGCGAACCGGGACAUGGAGCCCUCCGGUGGAAGCCAAGGGCCCGGCCGCGGGACCCGGGACAAGAAGAAGGGCCGGAGCCCGGAUGAGCUGCCUGCGACGGGCGGCGACGGCGGCAAAUCCAAGAAAUUUACUUUGAAGCGACUCAUGGCAGAUGAGCUGGAGAGAUUUACCAGCAUGAGAAUUAAGAAGGAGAAAGAAAAGCCCAAUUCUGCUCAUAGAAAUUCUUCCACAUCGUAUGGGGAUGAUCCCACAGCACAGUCGCUGCAAGAUAUUUCAGAUGAGCAAGUUUUAGCUCUCUUUGAACAGAUGUUGCUGGAUAUGAAUCUGAAUGAGGAGAAACAACAGCCUUUGAGAGAGAAGGACAUUGUUAUCAAGAGGGAGAUGGUGUCCCAGUACUUACACACUUCCAAGGCUGGCAUGAGCCAAAAGGAGAGUUCCAGGUCUGCCAUGAUGUACAUUCAGGAGUUGAGAUCAGGCUUGCGGGAUGUGUCUCUGCUCAACUGCCUAGAGUCCCUUCGUGUCUCUCUCAACAACAACCCUGUCAGUUGGGUACAAACAUUUGGUGCUGAAGGCCUGGCUUCUUUAUUAGACAUUCUCAAACGACUUCAUGAUGAAAAAGAAGACAGUCCAGGAAGCUAUGAUAGCCGGAACCAGCAUGAGAUUAUUCGCUGCUUGAAAGCUUUUAUGAACAACAAGUUUGGAAUCAAGACCAUGUUGGAGGCAGAAGAAGGAAUCCUUCUGUUGGUCAGAGCCAUGGAUCCCGCAGUUCCCAACAUGAUGAUUGAUGCAGCUAAGCUGCUUUCUGCUCUCUGUAUUCUACCACAGCCAGAGGACAUGAAUGAACGUGUUUUGGAGGCAAUGACAGAAAGAGCUGAGAUGGAUGAAGCAGAACGUUUCCAGCCUUUGUUGGAUGGAUUAAAAAGUGGGACCUCCAUUGCAGUCAAGGUGGGAUGCCUGCAGCUGAUCAAUGCACUCAUCACUCCAGCUGAAGAACUUGACUUCCGAGUUCACAUCAGAAGUGAACUGAUGCGCUUGGGGCUGCAUCAGAUAUUGCAGGACCUUCGAGAGAUUGAAAAUGAUGAUAUGAAAGUGCAGUUAAGUGUGUUUAAUGAACACUCAGAAGAAGAUUCCUAUGACUUAAGGAGUCGGCUGGAUGACAUUCGCAUGGAGAUGGAUGACUUUAGUGAAGUCUUCCAGAUUCUCUUAAACACCGUGAAGGACUCAAAGGCAGAGCCACACUUCCUGUCUAUCCUUCAGCACCUGCUCUUGGUCCGAAAUGACUAUGAAGCCAGACCCCAGUACUAUAAGUUGAUUGAGGAAUGUAUUUCCCAGAUAGUUCUUCACAAGAAUGGGGCUGAUCCAGACUUCAAGUGCCGGCACCUCCAGAUUGAUAUUGAAGGAUUGAUUGAUCAAAUGAUUGAUAAAACAAAGGUGGAGAAAUCUGAAGCCAAAGCUACAGAGCUGGAAAAAAAGCUGGACUCAGAGUUAACAGCCCGACAUGAGCUACAAGUGGAAAUGAAGAAGAUGGAAAGUGACUUUGAGCAGAAACUUCAGAAUCUUCAGGGAGAAAAGGAUGCACUGGAUUCUGAAAAGCAACAGAUUGCCAUAGAGAAACAGGACCUGGAAGCAGAGAUGUCCCAGCUCACAGGAGAGGUUGCCAAGCUGUCAAAAGAACUUGAAGAUGCCAAGAAAGAAAUAGCUUCUCUGUCUGCUGCAGCUGUGGCUACAGCACCUUCUGUUCCUAGUAGUACUACUGCUCCCUCUGCCCCUCUUCCACCUGGUGCCUCUGGCACUGUUAUUCCACCCCCACCCCCACCCCCACCCCCACCUCCUCUUCCUGGAGCUGCUUCCAGUCCUCCACCAUCUGCCCUUCCUUUCCCUGGGAAUGUUUGCAUCCCCACACCCUCUUCUGUGCCUGCUGGUACUGACAUUCCCCCACCCCCGCCCUUACCUGAGGUUGCUGCUGUUCCCCCACCCCCUCCCUUCCCUGGGAGUACUGACAUCCCCCCCCCACCACCCUUACCUGGAGGUACUUACAUCCCCCCACCCCCUCCCUUGCCUGGGGUCGCUGGUGUUCCCCCACCCCCUCCCUUGCCUGGGAGUACUUCCAUCCCCCCUCCACCUCCUUUGCCUGGGGUUGCUGGUGUUCCCCCACCUCCUCCCUUGCCUGGAGGAACAGGAGUACCACCUCCCCCUCCCCCUCUUCCUGGUGGUCCUGGAAUUCCUCCACCCCCUCCAUUUCCUGGAGGUCCUGGCAUUCCUCCACCUCCACCUGGAAUGGGCAUGCCUCCACCUCCCCCUUUUGGAUUUGGAGUUCCUGCAGCCCCAGUUCUGCCAUUUGGAUUAACCCCUAAAAAAGUUUAUAAGCCAGAAGUGCAACUCCGGAGGCCAAACUGGUCCAAGUUUGUGGCCGAGGAUCUUUCCCAAGGUUGCUUCUGGACAAAGGUGAAGGAAGAUCGUUAUGAGAACAAUGAACUUUUUGCCAAACUCACCAAUACCUUUUCUGCCCAGACCAAGAGUGAGUACUUCCUAUUUAAUGCCAAAGUCUGGUGUAAGGCUUAGAAUAUCCUUUUGAUUUCCCAUCCUCUUCCCUUCUGUAUGUAGGGGUUGGGGUCAGGAGUGUUGGAUAGAAGAGAGAUAUUUUUGUAUUAUGGGAUUAUUGGAGUUGGGAAAGAGAAUUAUCCCAUGUGGGUAUUCUAUGUCAAUUAUGACUGUGGGAAUAUGAGAUUAGAGUGCCACAAGCUCAGUUUGGGGCCAUUUUGAUGAUACCAUUUUGUGGAUUUUGGCACUGCCUCAAGUUGUCAUCUCUAGGCUCAAGUAACUUAAUUAGCAAGGGUUGGAGGGAUUGUCUCCAAUAACCAUGUGUGAUUCCUUUCCUUUCUUUUAUUUCUUUCCAAUGUCUGAUGCUGUCUCCCUCCUGGCCCUUUGCUCCAGCAGCUUCCAAAGGUAAGAAUACAGAAGACUCUUUUAGUUGCACCUCUUGAAUAAUUGAGAAAAAAGAUCAAAUAAAUGCAUAGGAUUUUCUUUUUAAAAAACUGAGACCAAGGUUGAGAGUUGAUGGCUUGGGCCAGUAGCUAUAUAGUGUGGCCUGAAUAAGAAGUAAGUUUUUUUAUAUUAAUACUGUCACAUAGUUUUUUCUUUGGAAGGUGAAGGACAACUUAAUAAUACCAUUAGAAUUUUCAACGUGCUUUAACAUAUUACUGCUUUAUUUGAUCUGCCAUGAAGCCUUACGAGAUAGGUCAGGUAUGUGUUGUGUCCAUUCUGUAGAGUGAAUAGUUAGAUAGUGUUCCCCAGGGUACGUUACCAGAUGUCUGCAUCCUGACUUCUGGUCCAUGGUUUCUAUGUAAAUUCUUGGUUUUCUUUUUUACCUUCAUAUGUUUCUCUUUAUUUUAGAAGAGCUGAUCUGCUUUGCUAUCCUUGCUUCACUUUCUAAUUCUUGUGGUUGGGCACUUCUAGUUAUUUCUUCUGAGAAAUACAUUAUUUGGAAGAUCUUGUCUUGUAUGAUAAUUCUAGCCUAAUAAUUUUAUAUUUCCAUCAUCUCACAGUAUUGUUGUUCAAUUAGAGAUUUAUUAUGACCCUAGUGAUGAACAUUAAGUACGCUUCACAGUAUUUUUCCCCCUUCUUUCUCCAGUAAAUUAAUGUUUUAAAAGACAGUUUUUUAUAGAAAAUGUAAGUGAUGUGGUGGAACCAGGCUAUACUUUAUUCUGAUAGUCUAAUAGAUUGCUAGGCACCUUUGGUUACCCAAGUCAUGUGUGUCUCUAGCAGUGAAAGAUCAUGAUGCUCAGACCUGUUUCAUAGCCCUGUCACUUAGGGCAAAGUGGCCUUUUCCUCUGAGAACUGUCAUCUAAUAGAACAGGAAUUUACUUCCACUUUCUUAGUUUAAAACACCAACAAAGACUAGUUAACAGUAAAAGUAGAAAUCAAAUUGUUUCCUAUUAUGUAAAUUAAUAGUCUCUAUUCCUGUGUUAGGCUCUGGCAUAAGUUUCAGUUUUGUGCCUGGGCUGGUCACUGAGUUCCACUGCAAAUGUGCGCCAACUGGGCCUCUUUUCUUUCCCAUCUUUUUGUCCUGUUUGUUUCUAUUCCUACUGAUUUUAGCUGGCUUUUCUGGAGCUUAGUAGUCUUCCUUGGCAUUAUGUCCUCUUUAUCAGCAUUUUAACAGCAAGACUUUAUUUCAACUUUUGUUGUUUUCAACAAUGUAACCAAAUUUAAUCCUCCACCAGUUCUCAGUUUCUGCCCAGGAAACUGCUUUCUUACUCAUUGAGGUUCUAACUUGUAACAAUUUUGGCUUUAAAAAAGAAAAAAUUAUUCUCAGAAAUUUCUAUCAGAAAAGAACAAGUAUGAAUCUGUUUAGUUUUGUGUAUUAAUUUUCCUGUAAUAGUAAUGAUUCUUGGUAGAUUGCUAUUGUUACCAGGGAAAUUUGUAACUGGUCUUUAGUUGUAGUUAGGCCAUUCAGAUACUGCAUUUUCACGCUGUCGUAGUUUCCUACUCUUUUCAGGAGUAGAGAAGGUGCCCUUAAAUGACUAAGUCAAGGGUGUUUUUUUGUAUGUCCUAAAUUUUUAUCAUGUAGAAAAAUUCCUGGGAGAGUUUUUUCUGUCAGAUACAGUCAUUAAUACUUAUUGUUUGCCUAACUCUCUGCAGCCUCCAAAUGCAACAAAACCAUCCUGCUUCUCAUCAACUAUAUAAACAUCUGUGUUUUCAAUUUGCUCCAGAGAACAAGCACUUCCUUUUUUAAAAAAUUAUUUCUUUGGAUUUUCAGUGUUUUAUUGACUCCAGUGUUGUUUUUUUUCCCUCACAUUUUUCUGCUUUUCUUUUUAUCUGCUCAUUAAAAUAGUGAUGCCAUAUGUAUUUGAAUGUUGGGACUUGUUUAAUGUGUCUUCUCUUGGAGACAGAAUUGGUGCUUUGACAUUUUCCUCCCUGAUACUGGUGAUUGAACCCACUAAGGCACUCUGUCUACCACAGGCUAUUCGCAGACUGGCUGCUGACUGGCUGGCUUGCACAUGUAUGUAUGUAUGUAUGUUUUUAUCAAGAAAGGAAUGUGGUUUUUGAGCAAGUCUCACUCCAUCGCUCAGACCAGCCUUGACCUUGUGAUCCUCCUGCCCCUACUUCGCUAAUACUGAGGUACGAGGCAUAGGAAAGGUAUGUCCUGUCCUGUGUCUCACCCCGCCCACCCACUCUAUACCGGGGAAUGAACUCAGAGCCUUUGUGCUGAGCCACACCUCCCCUUCGUUUUUAAAUAUUUUGAGUCAGGAUCGCACAGAGGUGCCAGACUGGGCUUGAACGUGCAGUCCUCCUGCCUCCCAGGAUGCCAGGAUUAUAGGUAUUAGCCACCAUGUCCAGAAUUUUUUAAAUUCUCAAAAUUUGAGAAGUAGAGACUCAAGGGACUUAGAUCCUUCAGUACUUUGCUUCCAGUGCUUUAAACAUGUAUAAUGCAAGUUUAGAAGAAGUGCUUUAUUCUUGUUUUUAAAAAUUAUUCAAGACACUAUAGAAAGUAGUGUCCAGACUUUGACUUCAAGUAUUUACUGUAUCCUCUUAUUCCCUGGAAAGAUACUUGCCCUAGGAGCCUCUGAAAUCUUAAAUCUAAACAAAACAUCCUCAUUGGCUUAAGCAGCCAUUUCAUUCCUUUAAGCACAAGUGUCCUUGAUUUGGAAGUAUCUUCAGAGUACAAAAAGGGAACAUUAGACUAGCAGAAGUAAAUGAGAGACUGGGUAUAUAAUGUUAUAGAAGAGGUAUUUUCUAAUUAUAGUAUAUUUUUUAGCAAAACUAAUCUAGUUGGAGAAAUGCAACAUGAUUAUUAGGUACUGUAGAAGCCCUGCUUGGUGAUUUCCACUCAGUAAUUGCCCAGUGUUGAUGAGGAAGUUACUCGGACAUUAGGUUUUCAUCAUAUUGCAUUAUUUUUGUACUAACACAGCUUUCUGCUAUUGUGAAACAUGCUUGCUUGUUAUUUCCCAUUUGUUUUGUUAAUAUCUAAAACCUCCUGUAUACCGACUUUGGGCACUGAAGAAAACACUUAACUCUCUCUACAUGUCUGCCUUUCAUAGUCAAAGGUGCCUCCAUAAACUUCUUGUUAACAUUCAAGCAUAGUCUCAGGCUUUGUGACACAUGGCUGUAAUCCCAACCCUUGGGAGGCUGAGACAGGAGGAGUACUGUGAGUUUGAGGCCAACUUGGUCUAUAUAGUGAGUUCAAGGCCAGCCUGAACUACAUAGCAAGGUCUUGUCUUAAAAAAAAAAAAAUUCACGUAUUUGUGUACUUUUUUUUACUAAGAGGAGAACUAAGAGACAGGAACUGGUCCUAGAAUUUAUGUGGCACAUUCUCCAACACAUUAUUUCUCCUUAAAGAAUUAGUCUCUUGUUUUCGAACUCUUUUAUUUCCUACAAAUCAAGAACUUACUUACUGAGUAAAUUUAUUCCCUGACAGGGAAUUUAUUGAAUUGGGUGUGAUAGACAGUACCAUAAAACUUCCAAUCCCCUUUUACUUUCUCAGUUUCCUCACAGUGAUCAGCAAAGGAGUCUUUUUUUUUUAUCACAUACUCUGUGUUGACUCUAUUUUUUAAUUCCUUAGAAACGUGCAGUAGUCACAUUUCAUCUUCUCCAAGAGCUUUUUAUGACCAUAGUGGCCUUGGAGAGUUCAUUAAAACUGUCAUCGCUUGCUGAAUAUGGUGGCACACACCUAUAAUUCCAGCAUUCAGGAGGCUGAGGCAGAAAUUUUGCUGUGAGUUUGAGACCAGCCUAGGCUACAUAGUAAGUUCAAGGCCACUCUGAAACACAUAGUGAGACCCUGUCUUAAACACAAACAAACAAUAAGUCACCUCUUGAACUAUAGCAUGGGGAAUGAUAAUGAUGACCUACAUAGAGCAACUUCUUUUUUUCUUACGUAUAUUCCUGCAUUCCAAAACCUUUCUGAACCCAUCACAUUUAAAAUCCAUGCUUAGUAGAUGUGGAACAUACCACAUGCAGCACUGGAUUUGAUAAAGUAUAAGAUAAAUUUUGGGAAAUGUGAGCAUCAGAACAGUUCUCCAAGUGUUUGAUUGCAGAGAUGUAAAGAACUUGGUGAAAAGUAAGAUUUUGGUCAAGAGUUGAAGAUUUUAUUAAAAUAGUACUAGUAUUCUAGUUAGAAUUUGAUUGAGUCCAGAUUCUAAGGCUUUUGCUGUCCCAGAAGUUAGAACUGUUGGCAUCAAGGACUUUACUUUGCCACUGUUGCAUAAUUUUCUUAGUUGAGGCUUUAGGCUUUAAUAGGAUUCUGUGGUGGGGAAUAAUCCCCUCUUCAGCAAAGAUACAGUAUAAGGGUGUUUUCCCUUUUCUCUGUGAUUUCUCUGUUGUCCACUAGGUGGCACCCACCCAACCACUCUAAUAAAUACUGUAUAGUGAAAUCUGCUAAUUUAAAAAAUUUUUAUAUUGGUAGAUGCUUGUAGAAACAAGAAUUUAAAAAAGAACUCAACCUGCCCCUCCUGACUAGUGAGCCACUUGGCAGAAGUAUAAUCUUUUCCAUCGGUUCCUUACUUCUUUCACAGUGUAGGGUUAGCACUUGUUGGUAUUAUCUAACUUGUUUCAUGAAGGGUCAGUCUGUUAGCACAAAGCUCUUGGGAUCAGAUAAUCAUCCCUUUUAAUCUAAAAUCAUAAAUUUGCCCUUGUCAUCUGGGAUUAGAAAGAGACCCGCUCCUGGAAUAACUACCACAUGUUUUCUGGAUCAUUAUCUCCAUAUUACCUGUGGUAUAAAAAAGCUCCUGACAAUCCAGUUUUGCCAUCAUCUGCCAUGAUUCCACUGAACCUAAUGUUAUGCCAUUUUCUUGACUUAUGGUGCAGGUGACCCUUAUUUCUCCUGUUUCAGUCCCCUAAAAGUUUUGUGUAUUUCCUGGUCUUUCUCCUUCCAGCUCAACUAAGCUCUGGAAACCAGUCCUUAGUGCCUCUGGAAUUAAUGAGCUAUUACCAGGGAAACCUGUGCUGUUAACUUCACCUUCUACAGAACACUUUCCCUUUUGCUGUCUCAUGUGAUGUUUUUGUUUGUUUGUUUCUUCCAUUACACCUAUGACUUAAUUUUCAGCAAUUUGUAUACCAAAGGGUUAGGGUCCUACCAGUUCUAACAGUUCUUGUCUUAGUUUUGUCCUCCAUCCUACCUUGCCCAUUCCCUGCUGUGGUCACUGCUGAGAACUGCAGGCCUCCACAGUCUGUUUCAUACCACCUAUGUUUGUCUCCCUUUUUAUCUGACUCUUAAUGUCCGGCCCCCCAACAGUUCUUCACCCUUCCUAGGACUUCCAGUCUCUCUAUCACCCGCCUAACUAGUGACUUGGUUCUUCUCACCUAAAAUUCCAUGGUUAAUUCUCUGGUAUUGUGCUUCCCUUUACCUUGCGCUUACUUCUCCCACUUGAUUGGCAGAACCACCAUCCUGGUUAAAUCUUUCUUUCAGUCCGCCCUGCGUCUACCUCUAGCUGUUCUACUCUGAACAUGGCUGGAGCAAAGCACGUAGCUGGCCGCCUUCUUUUUUUUUUAUAGUGGAAUUGAACUCAGGGCCUCGCAGGUGCCAGGCAGGUGCUUAUGCCUCUGAGCUACACCCCUGGCCACAGCUGGCCUUCUUGAUACACUUUGCCUUCAGAACGCCAGUGCUGUUUUUCUUCUGCCUUCUGGCUCUGCUUUUCUCCAGGUUCUCCUCUGCUCUGUGUGUGGGUGGCAUUGUUUAUUGCUAGACAAUAAUAUUUUAAGAUUUCUCAAAGAGUUAAGAUUUCAGUUUCCUACUUGUUAGUUUUUUGACGCAAGGUCUCUAUGCGGUUCAAGGUGGCCUUGAGCUCACUGUAUAGCAGGCUGGCUUUGACCCUGGGACCGUCUUCCCAAGUGCUGGGGUUGUAGGCUUUCACCACCAUGCCCAAUUCAGGGUCUUACUCUUCUACACAUCUUUUUUUCUCCUCAGAGGCCCAACACCUCCUAAUCCUCAUUCUCUGAUGGGGAUAUUUUCUUUGUACUUCACUGAAAAAAUUAAAGCAGUUAGAAAAACUUGCAAGACUUUCACUGUUACUUUUUCCCACUUCCUCUGUCUUCCCUAUUAACUUUAUCCUGUCUAAAGCCAAUUCCUAGACUAAUGUGAUACCUUCAUUUUAGCAAAUAUAUAAAAUAUGCUGAAAAUACACAAUAAAAGACCUUUCUUUCUCCUGCAGUGACCAUGAGUUAACCAUGUCUUUUGUAUGCGUAUACUAUUCUAUUUGAGGAGAAACUUUGAGAAAUUUUCACACAGACCCUUAGUAGAAAAUUAAAAGGCGAGGCAGGUAAGAGAUAAAAUUCCAAAAAUGAGAGGGCACAUACAUUUUUAAAAAGGAAAUCUGCGUGACUUCUUAUAGUAUAUAUUGUUCUACAUUUUAUAUAACAUACUUUAGUAUCUCUUAAUGUUACUACAUAUAGAUCUACUUUUUAAAACUUAUUUUGUAUGCUUCAUUAUUUCUAUUGCGUAGAUAGUUGUAUUUUCAUACAAAUAAUACAAAUUAAAUUUUAAGUAAUGCCUCAUUGAAUAAAAGUUUUCAAUUUUUUUUAUUAGAAGCAUGGUUGCAGGAACCCUUCUGCUACAUUUAUCUUUGCAUACUUAGGUUUUUGCACAGUAAUGUCCUAAUAAAGUUUCUAGACUCAAAUCACUGAGUAAGGAUAUACAAAUUUACUCUUCCACAAAUGAGAAACUAUUUAUUGUAAUAUCUGCUAGGGGACACUGAUCACUGAUAGUAUCACAUAACGUGAAGUAGAUGAACACAGAUACCUUUCAGUUCUGAACUUCUGGUUCUGCUAUUCCUUUUCUCUCUGUAGUAGCUAUCUUUGGUAUUAUCUGAUAUUAUCACCCCAAACUUUUGAUAAGUUUUUAUGUUCUUUUGUUACUUUGUUUGAGUCUAAAUUUUAAUCUCUUUCUCUGUGCACUUAGGAUCAGCUGUUAAAACAAAAUGUUUUAGGAAUAUAAAGCUAAACUAGGGAAAAAAUUAAAAUUUUUUGCUUGAAGAUUACUAAAGUACUUUCCAAAAAAGAGUAGUGAAGAUUUAAGGGAAAGGAUCAUCUGAUAAGAAUAAUUAAACUUUUAAUUCCUUCUAAACUGGGGGAAUCUGAUACAGUAUUUAUCUGUAGUAGUGUGUUCUCUUUUUCACCACCAGAUGGCACAUGGAUCGCUUCUAUUUUAGAUGUGUCAUUGUUACGUUGGGAAGUGAUGCAGUCUGUGACAUAAUCACGUUGGAGAGAGGCACUCUGAUAUUUUUCCUUACAAACUGCAUAGAAUACUGCCCUCUAUCUGUCAUGAGAUUUAUUUGGAGGACUGACUGCAGUAAAAUUACAGCAGAAGGCUAGUGAAUGCCCUUUUUCAAAGGAAUCUCAUUCUAGCACUGUUAGUUUUUAGAGGUUAUGGCUUUGUUUUUCUUAAGCUAGUAUUCUUAUAGGAGCAGUCUUAGUUUACUUUGGGAGCCCAGAAGCUGGGGAAUGGUUUUUUUUUUUGUUUAUUUUUUGAUUUUAGUCUGAUAGGUUCAUGAAAUCAUAGCCUCCUAUUUAGAAGACUUAACAGAGAGAGUUGUGUUUUACUAGCUUGAUAGCUUAUUAUAUAUUUGUUUGAAACCCCAUUAUAACACAUUCAUAAUCACAUCUCUAUCCAGCUUCUUUUGAAGAACUUCAAACACACGAUAGAACUUAGCCACUAAUUAUAUGUUGUAAUUUGUUAACUCCUAAUUAUCUCAGUGCUGUUUUAGAACCUCUUUCUAGGCAUCCACACUUUGGUAUGUACUUGGAUUGCUCUAUCGUAGAGAUAUAUAAAUUGAAACUCCGUCUUUUAAAUUCAGGGUGCCGUCUCCCAUUUUCUGAUGAUUUCAGGUUUAAUUGUCUUUUAAAUGUAUUCUCCAUCUAGUAGGAGGAUCAGUAUUGCUUAAACUUCUGUCCUCUUUGUAUGUAAAUAUCUCUUUGUACCACUAAUUCUCAAAGUGUAGUGUGUACAGAAGGAUUACGUGAGAAGCAUUUUAAAGGUUUAAAUUGGAGGACUUCACUAGGACUUCACCUCCAGAGGAUAUAAGUCAUGAGGAUUGUAGAAGGGUACAUUUUUAACAAGUACCCCGUUUAAUUUUGUAAUGAUUAUGCAAAUAGGGCUUGAUCCUUCUGCUUUGGUAUUUCUUUUCCAUUUUUUGCACGCUCUUCUUACUCGCCACUAGCCUAGAAGGUACUCCCUACACUUCUCUUAACGACGUCUGGAUAUCUCCAACAGAGUAGAUGUGUGUUAUUCUUUUUUUUUAAAUGGAGGUCAUAGAAAUCAGAGAAUAGUUCAAAAUUUUCUGUUGAUUACAAACAUUCUGGAUGCACUAUUUCAGAAGAACUUGUUUUUAUAAAAGUCUUUUUUUCUAUCUUCCCAGCCACAUCUUAGUAGGCAUUUUUGAAGGUCUGGAGAAAUUCUUUGGGAUCAGUGAAACUGGGAACAACUUAGAGACUGACCAUGCUGUAGAGGAUGGAAGGUAGGGAAAGUAUUGUACUAAACUUAGACUUGUAUGGCAUGAAUUGAGUGGAAGAGGAUGAUUCGGGAUAGAGAGGGCUGUGGUCUGCAGACCUAACUUUCGCUCAAGUUUGGUUAUUCUCUUGGCUAGAGCCCUGGAGUUGGAGACUAAAAAUGUGUUCAUGAGUAGGCAUGAGCUCUCCAGGAAAUGUAACAGUAAAACUAGGCUUUGGGAUCAGUAGAAUGUAGUUCCCUUGCUAAAUGCUACAGUUCAGAGCUGCUGUCAAGAAAAAGCACUAUUCUGAGGAGCCCUUGAUCAUGUACCCUUUGGGAAUUACUGGAUUUGAAAUGAUUAUUUUGCUGAUACUGGACAAAUCACUCAGCGAGGAGUACUAGGGAUGUCUCCAUCACAGACUGUUCCUUCUGGGGCUUUUAAUUUUGCUUCACUAUGUUUUUCUGUAAAGAAGGUAGUUCAGUAGUUAAAAUAGUAUUAAAGGAAAACUCAAUCCGACCCUACUAUUCAUUCAGUCCAUCCUUCGCCCAUCCUUUAGAGAUAAACCAAUUUUAUUAAUUCCUUAAAUAUCCUCUCAGGGUUUUUUUUUAAAAAUGCAGUCGUAAGCAGGUACUAAUUCUGAUUCUUGUUCUCCCAAAAGAUAUACAUACUAUUUGUAUUGUUCUAUACUUUGCUUCUUCAUCUGGAAAUACUCCUUGUAUUUAAGUGUAAAAAACAUAUAUUAUUUUUAUAAUAAACACAAAGAGAAAACAAAAAUACAGUGAUGAAGUCAUCUGUCCUUUUUUGAAAUAAUAACCACAUUACCACACCUUAUCUGGUGCAUCUUAGUUUGCCCAUAUGUCCUUUUGUUCUCUUUGCAAGCUCUCUUUGUGUCAUGAUGGACUGAAGGGUUGACUAUACCAAUUUUAUAAAGGUAUAGCAACUCAUACUAGAACCUUACAGUGAUUAUGGUGUGGAAAAGAGAGACUUGAAAAAUUUUGUGCAGGGCCUUCCAGAUCUAGCUCCAUUGUUGGAGCAUCAUACUCAAGGAGUGACCAAAGUUUGUAUCACUAGAAUUAGGACAUAUUCUACCCCAAAGAAGAAAAAGAAGCCUUAAAAGAAAAGGAUGGCAUACUUCAUUCUUUUCUUCCUUCCAUCUCCAUUUUUGUUCUGGAGAUUAAUUGCUCUAGAACUUGGUAUUCUGUAACUUUUGUUUCAGAAUUCUUGCCCAUCACCGGUAGAGAAAUACAGAAUAAUAUUCAUGGUACGAUUUUUUUAUGGAGAAAGCAGGAAGAAAAUUUGAAUAUUAUUAAUACAAUUGUGUUUUAUAGAUAAAAGAAUGCAGAAGUAAAAAGAAGGGUUUGUGACAGUUACUAUAAUAUUUUGUUAACAGUGUUAGAUUUUUUCCCUUCAGUUUUGCUCUAGUGAUCCUAGCCUACUGUAAGGGAAAUGAGAUUCCAAUAUAAAAAUCUUUGUAUUUUUCUAUAAGCCUCACAAUUAUACAUUGGCAACCCCAUUUCUGCAAGGUGGGAUGGAGCCAUUCUUUCCUCCUGAUCCUACAGUAAUUCCAAUUCUUUUCUAAGACUAUAUGAUUUCUUCUUUCCAGUCUAUUUUAUUAGAUGUGUGCAUAUUUACAUUUAUGUUGGCAAGAAACUUGCAAAAAUUCUUUUAAGAUGAACGCCCCAAUUUUCCGAUUCUGUUUGCAUUUUUCUUUUCAGCCACGGGGUGUGCGCAGUUGAGCUGUUUUGGUCAGGUUCCAGAUUGUGAGGUCAGAGACUAGUGAUUGGGGGAGAGGAUCAGGUGACUUUCAGUAACUGUGAUGCGGUCCUGCCCUCUUCUCCACCCCUUCUCCCCCCACUUCCCCACCCUUUCCUGGCUUCCACCUCAGGAACAAAGAAGAGAAAAAAACAGCAGUGUGACGAAACCCAGCAGCUGUCUCUGCAGACUCAGGCUGGGGGCUGGGUGUUUAUUCCGUCUGUUCUCUUUGUUACCCUGUUACUUCCUUGCCUGACCCUGAAUAAAUGGAGAGUAUUUCUAGAAA